AUGAAUAUUAUAGCUAAAUAUAAAGAAUUCGAAAAAACUCUUGAAAACAUAGUUACAUAUAAGGAUUUAAGAAAAUCAAUUAGAUAGAGUUUCAAAUUUAUAUUAAAGAAUAACUUUACUAUCUAUUAUCUAGAUGAAGAUAAUGAUAAAAUUACAAUAUCAAAUUAAGAAGAUCUAGAUGUUAUUCAAGUAAGACUUUAUUAUUAUAAUUAGAAUACUGAGAAUUUCGAAAUUAUUGUUGAAGAAAUAGAUGAUGCCUCAGAAUUGACAGAUGAUUCUUUUUAAAAACUUGAUAAAAGUGUCAAAGAAACAGUUAAUUAUUUUAGAAAAUUAAGUAAUGGUCAUGCAAAUAAUGAUUCUAAUAGUCCAAAAAUUAUAUUAUAAUAAGAAAUGGAAUAGGCAAAGGAAAUAAUUGAGACAACAAAUAAUACAUAAGACAUUUUAGACAAGAAAAGGCAAAGAGUAAUAUAAGAAAUAACUACAACUAUUGAUCAUCUUCGUUCAGAAAUACUUAAAAUUGAGAAUGAUGAUACAGAAAAAAGAUUAAAUGAAAAAUUAGAAAAAUUAUAGAAACCACAGAUGAAUCCAUCAUCUCUUAGUAAAGAAUUAAGUGAACUACCAAUUAUUUAAUAAAUUGAAUAAGCUGAAAAUAAUAUAAUAAACCUUAAUAAAGUUGAAAGGGAAGAAUUGAAAAGAAAUUAUAACAAUUUAGUAAAAUAAGUUAAUAAUAUCGUCUUAAGUAGAUAAAAAAAUUAAGCUACUUAAAUUGCUUAAACUAAAGAGGUAAUAAAAACAGAAUAGAAAUUGAAGUUACAAAUUACUAAGACUAAUAAAAAAAAUUAAAGAUUGUUAAAAUAAUAUAAUGGAUUAUUAAGUUAAUAUUAAAAAAAACUUAAAGAGGCUGAAAAUAAGAAAUAUAAUUUCGAAAAGAUUGAAUACAUGAAUAAAGAGCAAUUAGAAAACUUUUUAGAUAAAUAAAUGAAGGAAGAAUUAAAAGCUAAAUAAGAAAAGAUAGAAAAAUUAAAAUAAAAAGAAGAGAUUAUCAACAUAGAAAAUCAAAAAAAUGAAUAAGAAAAAUUAAAUGAAUGUGAUCAAUUUGAAGAUAUAGAUUGA